AUGUCGUCCGGGUCUGUCUCCAAAAAGUCAGACGACGGUAUGUCAACAAUAGAGGCAAAAGAGCAAAGCUCGAAAGCAAGUGCGGGCGCAGGUGUCAAUCUAAACCUUGGAGCAGCGGUCUCGGGACUGUUCUCAAGCAAGUCCAAGAAGGAGACUGAUGCUGACCGCGGCUCUCUGGAGCAGUACGAGCAGCAGGCCAAGGUAGCUGGCGCGGGUGCUGGGAGCUUGAAUGCAAAUGCGGCUGCUAGUGCAGAGCAGAAGGCACGAGAGAUGCGGCAGGCGAUCAAGGACGGCAAGUCAUAG